UUUGUUCACAGUUGAUUUUUUCCUAUAUAUAUUGACAAUUUAGCAGAAAGGACUUUCCGAUACAUUUCGCUUGAAAAAAUAAUUUGUGUACAUUUAUUCUAUUCUAAGCCUUGAAGCAGUAGAAAUUUAAUACUACUAUAUUUACACGAAAUGUCAAAGCACUUACUCAGAUUUUUGUAGCAUUGUGUUAAUAGACAAAAAAAGUAUAUAUCUAAAAAGGAAAGCGUUUGAUUGAGAGACACGGAGAAGACACUUUUUGUAUUAAAACUGAAACUGUAGACGUGCUGGUAUUGAACCGAAGAACAAUGAAACGUGGUUUUCAAGUCUACUCUAAUGAAUUUUACAAAUUGAGAAUAAAUAUUUAAUGGACAUUGGAAAACCUGCCACUAAUAUGGAACACGUUUACGCGUUUUACAUCAUUUUUGUGAUUUAGCCAAUUGCAAAUUUUAAGUGCCACUGAAUUAUAUAAGCGAACUGAAAUGCACGCGAGCGAGAGCGUUUUGUGAAUUUAUUUAUUACUUCAUUAAAAUUUGUAUUAUGUUAGAACAUUGAACCUGGUAGCUUAAAUGAUUGGCGUUUCAAGAUUUAAAGAACAUUAAAGGAUUAAAGAAGUUUAAAAGUUAAGCCUUGUUACAUUGAAGUGCAUAUUCUACAGGAGUAAUUGCAUAACUUUAUGUCAAUAGUUGGAAUAUUACCAAGUUCAUCAUAUACGCAGCUUCGCUUUAGGAUAUUGUUUUUAUUUCUCCCAAGAUAUUCCUUGACGAUUGACCACAAUGUUUGUCACUGUACGGUACGGCGACAAUGAGAGCCGUUUAUUCAACAUAAACUGCCGGAACGAAGUAUUGCUCUACCAGAUCAAGAAAAGAUGCAAAAUGGAUCACGACGAAAUAAUAGAGCUAUCUGAUGAACAAGGAAGCGUGAAAAAUCUACGACAAAACCUGAACGAAUAUGGAUAUGAUUACCUUAAGGAAAGGGAGACGCUGAUAUUGCUGCGAGUGGAUGCCUGUGAAGGUGAACACACUGAAGAGAAUGAGUCAGUGAUAGACAAGACUAUGUUUAUACCUAUGUUAGCAACUAUGAAUGAAAAUCAAGAUUUUAUAGACGCACUGAACCCACAAAAUCACCUCGGACGCAAAAAUUCUUUAUUGGAUGAUGUAGAUGGAAAAGGAAGAAAAUCUAAAAAUAAAGACAAGAAAAAAGAUAAAAAAUCAAAACCUCCACAGCCGAAGAAAUGAUACACAAUUAUGUUCUAUAUAUUCAUUGUUAUCUGUGAUCUCAGUUAUGUUACUUUUUAUUAAAUAACACAGUUUAAAGGGGCCUGUCUCCAAAUGAAUGUCGCGUUUAAAGGGGCCUACCUCCAGUUAAACAUCACAAAAGGGUAAUCGUAACUUUCAAAAGCAAAAUAAAAUUCAAAAAUCAAUCCGUAUUAUCUAGGUAGAUAUAUGUUGAGUUACCUGUAAAAUAAACUCCAACUACUUUACAUCAAACUUUUACUGUGUGACAAAGACAGCAGAGAGACUUUACUACAUAUUUCAUAGAUUAGAUCUACAUUCUGCUUCAAAAUCAUUGAAUUGUCUUUAUUUUGCUUUUUAGUUACUCUUGUGUAGAAACAAUUGAAUGUUCUUUCAAAACAUUUUAUUUAACUCUGGAGAUAUACCCUUUUAAUCAAAGGGAUGUAAAUGUUAAAAUUAUUUCCGUUUCUUAAAUAAUUUUUGGUAAAUAUAUUGUUUUUAUUUCCAAAAUAUUCUAGAUAUGGCACAAAAACAUUUGCAAAUACAGAACAGACGUUUAACAGAACAACUAUAUUUCUAAGCACAAUCAAUAGUUAUUGUAUAAUUAUAAUAAUGCAAUCAUUGUUUUGUUUGAAAAUAGCUACAGUCCUUCUUGUUUUACUAAAACAAGACCGAUACAUCACCAAGUGACCAAAAAUUAUACUGUGAAAUCAUUUUUAUUCGCAUAUUUCGCACUAGAACCGAUGCGCGAAUUAAAGACCGCGCUAUUAUUAUUUUUCAAUUUUAUUUUUUCAAUUCUAAAAUUGAAAAGCACGAAUUAAAGCCCGCGCGAAACAGUCCUUUUUCAAAUUGGGGCGAAAUUUCAUGCCAGCGAAUUUAAAUGAUUUCACAGUAAUAAUAAUAAUAUAAUAAUAAUUGUCCUUCUUGUUGAUUAAUUUAACGUUAUUUUCUACAUGGGUACAACAUUUUUUUAAUAAUAAUUAAGGUGUCUAUCCAAAUCACAUUAAACUUAGAUGCUUAAAUGAGCAAAUUUUUACCUUGCAAAAUAUUUUGAGAUUAUAUACUGAUUCAUUAUUUUAUGUGGAAAUCUGUACUCCAUGUUACUGUAAAUAUACAUGUAUAUUAAUCAUACAGAGAUUUA